CAUCUUCUAAAAAUUUCCACAUCUCUUUCUUGUCUCAUUCAUUGUAUUCCUUUCAGAUAAUAUGGCCACUGAAAUAGAAAAAGAAGCUCUGUUAUCUGUUGAGAACAAUGUAGCAACAAUAACACUAAACCGUCCACACAAAGGGAAUGCAUUGACUGCCACCAUGAAUGAACUCUUAUUACAUUAUUUGAACGAGAUAGAGAACGACGUAAACAUUCGAGUUGUCAUACUGACAGGCGCUGGCAAGUUCUUUUGUACAGGCAUGGAUUUAUCAAUGGCAGCAGCAUCUUCAUCGUCAUCAGAACAUUCUGUAAAAGCGUCGUUUGACAAAGGUGUACAAGUCUACGAGAAAUUAGCUAAAUUUCCCAAGCCAGUGAUAGCCAGAGUCAAUGGACCGUCAUUGGGAGGUGGCGUUGGUCUUAUAUUCUGUACAGACAUACGCGUCGUACACAAGGAUGCUUAUUUUGCACUAACAGAAGUUAAAAGAGGCAUCAUACCAGCAAUUAUUUCUCAAUAUCUCGUUCCAGAACUAGGCAAACAGAAGGCGCGAGAAUUUAUGAUGACAGGAAGGAAAAUAACGACAGCAGAAGCAAGUCAAUAUUACAGCGCAGUAGCCGCUAAUAAUGAUGAAUUGAACCAGAAGGUCGCAAUGUACACAGCGAUGCUGUUAGAAGCAGCUCCAGGUGCUAUGGCGAACGUGAAGAAGUUGAUCGAGACAAUUGUAUCUGGUGGUGAUUCUCGAAGAACGGAUCUUAUUCGCAAGGACGUAGAGGAGGCCUAUAUCAGCAUGAUGCAAUCGAGUGAAGCAGCUUACGGGAUUAUGGCUUUUUUACAAAAGCAAAAGGCUGAUUGGACUGAGUACAUAAGACAGCAGAAUGCUAAACUAUAGUUUAUAUAGCCAUUCAAUGCCUGCCUGCAGCCAAAAUGAAUGAUAUUGCGAUAAAAAACUUGACGGCAUCCAAACAAUGUUACGGCUAUAAUUCUUAAAAUCUUAUGUUAUAGCAAGGAAUGUUGCUACUUUCUCAUAGGUAGUCAGUGAGAAUCAACACCCGAAAUAAGCAUUUACAGUUACGUAAUUUCUUUCGACUUCUUAAGUUAAAGUGGAGCACAUUUCUGAAGGAGGAAUAUGGUCAUGGUUAUAAGCACACUUCCUUCUCAGGGUUACAAUCAACUGCACAAUGAGUCUAGAUACUGAACAACUGAACUUGGCCUUAGGGGUUUAGGUUAAAGAGUCGUUACGGCGAACCGAUAAGAGAAAGAUGGAUUCCACGUUCAUGAUUGAAAAGAGUCAUGAUAGGAAGGACGCGUGUGUUGCGUAGAGCAUGCAUACGUAAAUGAGAAUAAAAAAUGACACAGCUCAAGCGUGUUGGUUUGAAUCCCAC